AUGGUCAAAGAAACUAAAUUAUACGAUUUGUUAGGUGUUUCUCCCAGCGCUAACGAUCAAGAAAUUAAGAAAGGUUACAGAAAGGCUGCUUUGAAGUACCAUCCAGAUAAGCCAACUGGUGAUACAGAGAAAUUCAAAGAAAUCUCCGAAGCUUUCGAGAUUCUAAGUGAUAAGAACAAGAGAGAAGUUUAUGAUCAGUAUGGGUUACAAGCGGCUAGGUCAGGUGGGCCGCAAUUUGGUGGUGCCGGUGGUCCAGGUGGUGCCGGUGGCUUCCCAGGUGGAGGUUUUGGCGGCCACGCAUUCACUAAUGAAGAUGCAUUCAAUAUUUUCUCACAAUUCUUUGGUGGUAACGAUGACUCAGGCUUUAGCUUCUCUUCCGGUUUCCCAGGUGGUGGCAGCUCGAGUAGUUUCCAUAGUUUUGGUGGUAUGCCAGGUGGAAUGGGAGGAAUGCCAGGUGGAAUGGGCGGUAUGCCAGGCGGCAUGGGAGGAAUGCCAGGUGGAAUGGGUGGCAUGCCCGGUGGUUUCAGAUCAACUUCAAAUUCUCCAUCUGCUCAGGAAGAAACUGUCCAAGUCAGCCUUCCUGUCUCUUUAGAAGACCUGUUCCACGGUAAAAAGAAAUCCUUCAAGAUUGGCAGAAAAGGCCAAGGCGGUAUUCCAGAAAAGACACAAAUUGACAUUCAAUUGAAACCAGGUUGGAAAGCAGGCACAAAGAUUACCUAUAAGAGUCAAGGUGAUUACAAUCCACAAACCGGCGGCAGAAAAACGUUGCAAUUCAUGUUACAGGAAAAGAAUCAUCCAGUUUUCAAGAGAGAAGGAGAUGAUCUUACCUGUACUUUACCAUUAACCUUCAAAGAAUCGUUAUUGGGUUUCAAUAAGCAAAUUCAAACAAUUGAUGGAAGAACUUUACCGAUUUCAAGAACUCAACCAAUUCAACCUUCAGAAACAUCAGUAUAUCCAGGUCAAGGUAUGCCAAUACCCAAGACACCAUCUCAAAGGGGCAAUCUAAUUGUACGUUACAAAAUCGACUACCCAAUCACUUUGAAUGACGCUCAAAAGAACGCAAUUUUACAAAACUUUUAG